AUGUCCCAAGUACUUGGUGCUGAAUACAUUGUGACCCGCACAGCAACAGUCUCAAUUCGACAAUUUUCCGGUAAGCUCCUGCAGAACAAAGCAUAUGUUGCCCUCAAGGGUAACCUCACCGUACAAGACUCAAGCAAUACUUCCGCAAAUCCAAUCGUUUCUUCUAGACGGCUAUCUCAACAUUCUUAUACGCAACUCACAAUGAAUUCCAUGUAUCAAGCUACAUCUACUACCAUUAAUACAAGUUGA